AUGAAAAAGAUCAUUGGACUUUUUUCUGGUUUUUCGUCGUGUUUUCCAAACUUUAAAUAUAUUUCUCAUCUUUUAUCUAAAACAGCAGAAAAUUUAAAUAUUGAUUCACGUUAUGUAACGACAUAUGAACAAACUGGGACUCAGACUUCUGCAGAUGCGAUUCUCCGUUUUGUAAGUUAUGAUCGCAGCAUGAUCGGUGAAUAUUUUGAAAUAAAUAGUUGA